CUAACUUCCGUUCAAAACAGUCUUAUCCUUAUGCUGUGCGUUUCCUUAGACCCCGGCUAAGACGCUUGCACCAGCCAGCGUUGAGCGUUAGUCUUUCGGUAACCUUCCGCGGGAUCAGUUCGGCUGGAAACAUUCGGCUCCAAUGAAAACGGUGUGAUUUGAACCCCCACCUCCACUUCCUUCAAUUGUAAGUGUGAUGGUUGUUACAUCGCCGCCGGGCAAUUGAUUAUCUCCUCAAACUAUCAUCGUUCGGUCGUCCGUGUCCUCUACGUAAGUGUUCGUCGUGUGUCCUUUCCCACUAUUCCGAGUGUUGUCCAAAAAUCAAUCGAAUUCAAUUAGUGUGGUGGCUGAUGACUGACUGGCGUUGGAAUCCUCGUUAAUCGCUAUCCUCAUCGCGUGACUAUUGCUUCUAGCGAAGAAAGGAAAUGUUUACACGAGCCAAAGGAAGUUGCAUUUAGCGCUGUUCGUGUUUUACGACGUACCUACCAUUCUGCGAAUGAGGUGUUUUUAUCAGUGGAUUCUCUCGCUCGAGUGUGCUUCCGGUGGAAAUGGCUUUUUGGUGUGAAUAAUGGAAUCACAACUGGAUACGAAUGAUAUUAUCACGUGAUUAAUUUGUUCCAACAUUUCCGAGCGUAAUUUCGGUGAGCAGUCUGAAGCGGAUACGACAAGUGGAGUUAAUUUCAUGGAUGAAAUGGAAAAGUGGGUUUCGGACACAUUCUAUUCCUACUUCCCGAGCUUCAACAAGACCGAAAACGACAAGAAAUCAAUGCUGUCCCGCACCCGCCAAGCCGAGUACCAGGAAUACCUGAAAAAUAUUCCCCAAGUUACCACCAAACAUCAGCAGUACAUGGAAAAGUACGGCGACCAAGCCGUCCAGACAAUGACCGAUCAGGGAACAAUCACGGCCAACAACUCACCAGCCCCAGCUAUCAACAAGAACUACCUUAGUCCGGACCCUCACAGCCACAGCCCCAGUCAGAUCCCGACCAUCAGAAAAACGCAAGCCAGUGACGCGACGGCCGGUUCGUACGUCCGUAAAGGUAGCCCCCGCGAAAAGCACAUGCAAGAUCUGGUCCACACUGACCUCUCUGCCAUUCUCAAUACAGACACCAUCGACCGGCGGAACAGGAUGCUAGCGGAAGUAGGUCCCCACCAUCAUCACCAUCAUAAAACUAACAACAACAACAGCAAUGUUCAUUCUUCCGCGCGAUUCGUUCCUCGGAAUGAGCGGGGAACCCUUGUGCUCGAUGAAGAAAGUCGCCGCAAGUUGGAGUAUCAAAAGGAGCUGAUCAAACAGAUCGAGGAAAAGCGAAAAGAGGUUGAGCGACUGCGGGAAAAGGAAAAACUAGAGGAAGAGAUGUUGACCAGUCGGCUAGAGCAGCAACUAAAAACUAUGCAACUUGAGGAAGAAUUGGAAAGGGAGAAAAUGCGAUCAGAAAAGAUCCGCAUUGCCAACGAACAGAACCACAUCCGCCGACUGCAGCUCCUGUCCAAGCUGGAAAACGACCACAAAGUCUUCAACCCGUACGAUGACCAGCGGAAAACCCUCUCCGAAAAUGGCAAAGAGGUCUACCGGGACCCGUCGCAGCAAAAACCGGAAAAAGACAAAAUCUAUCGCUACUUUAGCAACUCGGCUCAAAACGAAAAACCUUCCAGCUUUGCAUCGUCCAGCCUUUCGUCCGAGCUGGACUACGACUCUUCCAGUGAAUCCAUGGGGUACGAGCGGUACCAGUACUGCAAAAACUGUCGCGCCGAUAUCGAUCGAUCUUUUCUUCCAAAAAAUGAACGCCAUCAUCAGCAUCACCACCACCAUCGGCACCAUCAUCAUACUCAGACUCCUACCGGGAAGGCCUCCCAAAAAGAAGGCCACGAACUCUGCGCCAAUUGCCACAAACGGAUUGACCAGAUGUGCGCAAACUGUAACCGUGUGAUGAAGCGUUCUUCCAAGCGAACCCUUUGCUCCAUUUGCUACCAGGCAUUGGAGAACAGCCGCCUUCAAAAAGCUGCCCAAUCGGAAUUGAAACGGCAACGAGCCAAACUCCUACGCUCGAUGGAACGUCUGGACGAUGAAGAUCUGGAUCAUCCGGCUCCCCCGGAAUUCCCACCGCCGAAUCCGUACAAAAUCAUCGACAUCCAGUACCACGAAAGCGAGAACGAUCACGACCUGGCGGUUCUCAAUCCGGUGAUCGUCCGCAACAACUACAAGAAACCUUACUCGCUGAACAUUGAAAAGGGCUCGCUCUUCCACCCCAGCAAGAAAACGCCCGAUCCAAAGGUGUCCGUAAACAUUCGCAACGGGGAAGUGUUCGUGGACAACAAGCUCGGAGGGACGCCCAAGCCCCGGGAUGAUGACACCGACGAUCUGACCACCGACGAAAUGGACGACCGGAUAUCCAAGUACGUGGAGCACUACAACACCCUGUGGAUGAAACGGGGCACCCGCAAGAACAAUCUCAUCUCGCAGAAGAAUGCCAACCUGACGACGAUGGCCAUGCCCUCGAUGGCCUCGAAAGGGACGACGACGACAAGUCCCUCCGGGAUGCUCGGAGGCAAGCUGGGACCGCUUCCUACGCUUUCACCGCCGAAAGUGUACGUCAGCGAUCGGCCGGACAAUCUGAAGAGCGAAGCCAUGAAAACCACCGAAAAGAAGUGGGAUAUUCCCGCCGUGCAGCGCACAAUGGUUACGCCCAGAUCGCCACGGGUCCUAACCCAGCUGGGCGCCAUUCGCAAACAACUUCAACUGGAGCAAUUGAAGAUGGAUCAAACCUAUCGCCACCAGCAACAAGAAAACGAUUAAUUUCGGUCUCGAAAGCAAUUAAUCUCCUUUUUACAGAAAACUAUCCAGUUUGUGCCUUCUAACUAACUACGAACGUAAAACCGUCCAAGCCUCCAUUUUUUUAAAACAAUGUAACUACUUUAAGCAAGCAAUAUCUGUAGACUGUAGAACAGUAAGGUACAUUUUAAAACCGUUUUUGUUACUAAGAAACUGAAAAGUGUUAGAGAAUAAACUAGUCGUUAGAAUCGUUGA